AUGUUGGGCAACGAAGUCUACGAUAACUUGGAAGCUUCUGCCCCGGGCGAUGGAAAAUUCGUUACACAGUGCCUUGGCUAUGGUGGAAUGCAGGAUCCUCUUCCAGAAGUUUCUGCAAUGACGAGCAACACCAUGUACAGGGCUAUAGCUGCGUACAAGCUCUAUAUUGAGUACUGUCCAUUUGGCGAUUUAAGGGAUGCCAUCAUACGACAGAGGGAGGCUCGGGAACCUUUCCAUGAAGGAUUCAUCUGGAUGGUAUUCGAAGCGCUUGCAGAGUGCGCCGUGGCAAUGGAUCAAUCCAACAUUGUACAUUCAGAUAUCACAACAAGCAACAUCCUGCUAUCCAAUAGUGAUCCCGAGCGAUUCAAGAUCUGGCCUGUACCGAAGCUAUCUGAUUUUGGGUCGUCGCGAAUCAUCGAUGGAGCUGCCAGAAGACGGCUUACGGGACACGAUGAAGCAAUGCACCCGUACUUCACACCACCGGAAUUGACCAGAGACGAUGCCGAUUUCGGCUGGGCUGUUCCUGGCUUGUAUGUCACCAACAAGACAAAUGUGUGGAGCAUUGGUCUCAUCAUAUGCUGUCUAAUGCGCUUGCAACCACAACUUCCGGAAACCGUUCGUAUUGACGACGAACCGCCACGACCGAUAGAUCGACAACUCCGCUUUGACAUCCUACACCAAAGGGAGAUCAAAAAGCUUCAACACAGUUCAGCCAACUACAGUGUAGAGCUGAGAAAGCUCGUGCGAUCAUGUGUGAAAUACGAUCCGGCUCGGAGACCAAGUCCCAAGCAGCUAUUGAAAGCAGUAAGGCGAUUAAUGGAUGGUCGCGUUGGUGGAUUUGAUACUUAUGGGAGAGGUUUUGGUAGGAUUCCGUGGAAUAAGAAAGAGAGACUCCGAGGAAAACUCAAGGAUAUCUGGGCGGUUGGCACAGAAACUGAUAUUCGUCUGAGACCAUGA